GGUGGGUGCCACCCGUGGCAGGUGGUGGCAGCUGGGUGCCACCCGUGGCAGGUGGUGGCAGCUGGGUGCCACCCGUGGCAGGUGGUGGCAGGUUACUGACACUCGGGGCAGGCGGCAGCAGGUGGUGAUGCCCCACCUGCUGCUCCUCCUGCUCCUGCUCAACUCUGCUGCAGCAGACAAGGUCGUAGAGAGUCUUCGAGACGGCUUCGGCUACUACUACAAGAUCGCUGGCUACGCCCUCAACGACCCGGCUGACUACCAGGUCGUCCAAGUUAACAGUGGCUGUGAGUGCCACCGCCGGUGUCAGGUGCUGCCAACGUGCCACUCGGUGUCAGUGCUGAGAACAGCAGGAGGCGCCAUGGAGUGCCGCGUGUCUAAGAGACCUGCCGUGCUGACCAACGUUUGGGACCGCCCCAAGCUCUACCGGAACCCCACGGCCAUCCACUUUCUCUUCACGGGUAUGUUGCUGCUGCUCCAACUGUUGCUAUUGCUGCUGCUCCUGCUGUUGCUGCUGCUUCUCCUAAACCCUAGUCCAGAGGCAGUACAGGGUGACGCAGUAAACAUUGGUUUAUACAGUCCAGAGACAGUACUAUAUGUGCCUGCAGGAUCAUGGACUCCUGGACCCCACCUUUCUAUUGUCGGUUAUAUAAUUACUGACUCCCAAACAAUUUUACUCUGUCAAUCCUCUAAGUAUUUUAUAAGUAUAUAUAAUGUCUCCUAUCUCUCCUUUUUCUCAAGUGAUGGCAGGUCAAAUUUGUUUAAUCAUUCCCCACAUCCCAUACCCUCGCAAUUCCCAAACAAGACACGUUUCAGUGAUCUAAAUGCCUCAUAAUUUAGGUUCCUGAACAAUGUUCUGACUUUUGCCAUUGUAGAGUACGCAGCUCAUGGUAUCCAGUUUACAUAUACCUUCGGAAUUAGGCUUGGACUUACACCCACUCCCAGGGCUUUUUCUCUACCCUUUACAAGGAGGAAUGGUUUCCUUUAUUGUGUAAUGUUCUUUUGGACUCCUGGCAUCUGGUCCCUUUUCCACCAUCUUUCACUUGCUUGUUUAUAUAUCUGAUCCCCUCUAGGUGUUUAACUAGUCUUAUUUUUAUUCUCCUUCCGAGUAUCUUGCUGUCUGCAGAGGAUGCUUGUAAGUGAUACUGGUCUGUAAUCCAGUGCCUACUCUUGUUGGAAAUUUCCAACACUAAUACAACACUGUUGUAUUAUUAUUACUAAAUCUACUAAUCACUGUAGUAACUAAAAUUAACCAACC